AUGACAUAUUAUCAAAUAUUUGAUUUAUGUCGAAUAUAUAUAAAUAAUAUUCAUCGUAUGGUACAAAUAUUUGGUAUUGAAUCAGCUAAUCGUACAUUAAUACGUGAAAUAAAUCGAAUAUUUCUUGAUUAUAUGACAUAUGAAGGUGUUUAUAAGGCAUGUAAUCGCUUUGGUUUAAAAACAAAUGCAAGUCCUUUACAAAAAACUAACAUUUAA